GAGCAGGCUUCUACUGAUCAGCUCUGGGCAAAUCACCUAUUUGUGCCUGUAUUUAUUCAUCCACAAUCCCCAAAAGCUCAGAGGAAGUUGAGGGAAAGUGUAAAUCUCUAGAUAAGGGCAGAACAUCUCUGCUGCAGCCUUGAAUCUGGGACUCCCCAUGGGGUGAGGGGCCCCCGAGGCCAUCUGUCCUUUGCACUCCCAGGAGCAUUAGCAGUAUGGUCAGGUGCUGCAUCCACAAGCCCACGAGCCAGGAGCACGCUGUGAAGGUCAUCGACGUCACCAUUGGAGGCAGCUUCACCCCCGAGGAGGUGCAGGAGCUGCAAGAAGCCACACUGAAGGAGGUUGACAUCCUGCACAAGGUCUCAGGGCACCCCAACAUCAGCUGGAGUUGCAGUCUCAGCUCACCACAACCUCCGCCUCCCAGAUUCAAGAAAUUCUCCUGCCUCAGCCUCCCAAGUAGCUGGGACUACAGGGGUGCGUCACCACACCCAGACAUGAACUUGCGAAUUCAACAUGUGAAGACUUACAACUUGAUAAACCAGCUUCAGGUGUGUUCAACUAGUGACACAGCUUCUUCACUCAUGGGGAAGGGCCAUCAGCAAAUGGCACUCAAGCAUGGGGGCUUGAGAAAGAUCCCACACACUCGAGGCCAUGUUAGACAUUUCAUGAAAGGAUUAGCUGAAGCCUUGGGGAGCACUGAAGCCAAGGCUGUACCGUACCAAAAAUUUGAAGCACAUGUGAAUGAUCUGAAUGUGGAAGGACUACCAGAAAACAUUCCUUUCAGAAGCCCCUCAUGGUAUGGAAUCCCAAGGCUGGAAAACAUCUUCCAAGAGGGCAAUCGAAUUAAAUUUGUUAUUAAGAGACUAGAACUUCUUACUCACAAUACAACUGAAGUUACUCAGCCAAGAACAAAUACAACAGUAACUCCAGUUAGCCUCUGUUGUCUCCAAGUCGACUUUCGUCCUCAUCCACAACUCCUCCACACAAGCGGUGAACACCUGUCCAUCCAUGGGAUGAUGCAGCAAGAAGACCCUCACCAGAUGCAGGCCCUUCAACCUUGGAUGUCCUAGCCUCUAGAACUGUACAAAAUAAAUUUCUUCCUUUCCUUUCUCCAUUCUUUUCCUUCUAUUCCCUCCCCUCCCCUUCUCUCCCUUUCCUCCCUCCCUCCUUUCCUCCUUCCCUCCUUUUCUCCUUCCCUUCCUUCCUUUCCCUUCCCCUUCGCCUUCCCUUUUCCCUCCUUCCUUUUUUCUUCCUUUCUCUCUCUCUCCUUCCUUCCUUCCUUCCUUUUUGUAAAUUAUGCAGUCUGUGGCAUUCUUUUAUAGCAGCAUGAAAUGGACAAAGAUGGCUCCAUUUUCAAGAGCAAGCUGUUUUGUAGUUUCUGAGCCAGUUUUGACUGCAAAGGAAGUUCUAUAGGUAGCCUCAGAUCCAUCACCUAGGAAACAUGCUACCAAGCAGACCUAGGAUCUAGGAUUUGAUCAAGUGUUGGGCAACAUGAUACCUCUGCAGUUUACCACCUGUCUAUAUCCCUCCAGUUGGCUCAGCUCAUCAGGGCUAAAACUACCCCUCAUAUGUGAGUGUCUCUUGUAGGCAGAAGCCUUGCCUAAACCCUAAGCUGCUUAGCUCACAUUCUGUCUUGUGCUUUUUUUGGAGGGAGUUCAAAUAUACACAAAAGAAAUAUGAUGAACCUCCAUGUAUCCAAUCCCCAGAUUGUUUCAUCUUAUUCAAUCUCCCUAAAAAUUUGUUUGUACAGGAAAAACUGGAUACAUACCAAAUUCUCCACCCUGCCUCCCAUUUUAAGUCACUUUUCAGAGUAAUGAGUUUGUGACCUAGUAACCUCUACUCUAGUGACCAAUAGUUUUUUUCCUGAAUAUCAUUGUGAACUCAUAGAUUAUUGUUUGCAUUUGAUGUAUUUUAGACCAUUGCAGUUAUUAUUUAUUAGUUGUUUUGGAUGCAUACAUUGUCUCAUCUAGGUUAAUAAUUAUCUCUUCAAGUUGACUCUCAUGUGUUUUUGACAUGAUCUUGUUGUACUUUGAUGGCUUCAUGGCUUCAUUGCUUUAUGGCAUAAAAGAUGUUCCAUGAUCUGUAUACUGCACCAUACAAGAAGUCAGCCAUUUCUGUAUGGAGCCUUGAUUCCUUUUAAUAGAGAACACAGUUUGGGCUCUUGGUCUGAAUUACUUUUGUGAACCUCCUCUCCUGAGACUACAGCAUGCAUCCCUGCUUAUAGCCAGUAUGGAGCCCUUGCUGGGCACCAACAGAUCUCCUAAAACUGCUAUGUAGCUCUGCCUCACUCUUAAAAAGAUUCAUCUCUUGAGAGUUUUGUGCUCUACCCCCAGAUGUGGUCUUUCUUGUUCUGAAGCUUUUGCUUCAAUCACCCUGAAUUUUACCAGCCCUAUGCAUGCCAUGCCUUGGAUUGCAAACCUGCCCUCACUGGAGCCAGUUUCUCUGGUUAGAAUCAUUUCCCCAACCCAUGCCUAAUACUCUAGUAAACAAGGUCCUACCUGGGCUUAGGUUAACGGUCACGCAGGACCAUGCUUAUACUUCAUUAUAUCAAAUGGGAGAUCCAGUAGUUUAUAGCCUAUUAUUUCUGCAGUCUGGGGAUGGCUUAGCACAAGCUUUGCUGAAGCAGAUUUUAUUACAUUAGAAGAGAACGUAGCUGGUUGCAUCCAACACUGGAAGCUUUUAGAUGCUAAUAAGGAGGUCAUGUAAACGUCACGGAAUGACUCUGGAAUCCAUUCCCCUCCCCACCAAGCAAGAAUAAUGACAUUCUAGGUUGACCUCUUUUUAUUUCCUUUUGAUUUUGAGUAGUAAAUUCCCUCCUUGCUUUCCAUCUGAACAGUUUGGGAGUCUGUAUUCCCUAGAAAGACUCUGGUCACAUACCCAUCAGAUUAAAUUACAUGAAAACUCUUUGGCAUUAAUGAAUGCUGAAGGAUUUCAAAGGGCUAAUGGAAAUUGUUCUGGAAGGAACAAUUUACAUUCUAUUGGUGAGAUCAUCCUGAAUCUCUUAGAUUAUUUUAUACAGCAAAUCAUCCAGCAUUGGGUUUUCUUUGCUAAUAGAUGACAAGGAGAAUGUAGACACUUGGAAUCUAUGGAGAAUCCCUAAGUUGCAUUUUAGCCUCCGUGUUAUGUCUCUUUUCCUAACCCUUUUACCAGAGCUGAUCAUGGGAAAUAAAUUUGUAUGACUUAU